AGACGGUGCGAAGAGAAGCACUGCAUAGGAAUGUGGAAUGUAAGAUCCAUGUAUCAAGGAAAACUAGACAUAGUGAAAAGAGAAAUGGAGAAAAUUAACAUCAACAUAUUGGGAAUAAGUGAAAUGAGGUGGACUGGCAUGGAAGAAUUUGCUUCGGAUGCCCAUAUGGUGUAUUGUUCUGGGCACGAUAACAACAGAAGUAAUGGAGUAGCCUUCAUAGUUAGUGAUAAAGUGAGAAAAGCUGUAAUGGGAUGCAAAUAUAAAAAUGAUAGAAUGAUGUCCAUCAGACUUCAAGGUCAGCCCCUCAACAUCACAGUAAUUCAAGUUGAUGCGCCAACAACCGAUGCUGAAAAGGAAAUUAUUGACCAGUUCUAUAGAGAUUUACAAGAACUACUACUGUCAACACCGAAAAAGGAUAUCGUCUUCAUACUUGGAGAUUGGAAUGCAAAAGUGGGAAAUCAAGCUGUAAAAGGUAUAACAGGGAAAUAUGGUCUUGGUACAACAAAUGAAGCAGGACAGAGACUCCUAGAAUUCUGCCAAGAAAAUUCAUUAAUAAUUACUAAUACACUGUUUCAACUACCAAAACGAUGCCUAUAUACCUGGACUUCGCCAGAUGGCCAAUACCGGAACCAAAUUGAUUACAUACUUUGUAAUCAGAGGUGGAAGAGCGCAGUUCACUCAGCUACAACAAGACCUGGUGCUGACUGCAGAUCAGAUCAUGAGUUCCUGAUUGCAAAAUUUCUGCUGAAACUUCAGAAUGUAGCAAGAAGUAUCCCAACUUGCAGAUACGAACUUAACUCUAUACCCUCUGACUACACUGUAGAGGUGCAAAACAGAUUUAAUGUAUUAGGGCUGGAGGACAAAAGCUCAGAAGAGAUGUGGACAGAAAAUGAUGGCAUGCUGUAUGAUGAAAUGUUACUGCUUUUGCCUGAGCACUAG